AUGAUAGGCGAAGGAACUAAUUAUAAAGAUAAUGAAUUCUUUAAUUACGCAGUAACGGAACUCCUGAAUGACCCGGGUUAUAUAGAACUCUUAAACCGAGGAUUUCCUUCAAAUGAAAGCCUUUAUGUUUCAAGCAAAGAUUUCGAUAAUGACCAAAAAUUUAAAUCUUUAAGAAAUGGGCUAAAGGAGAUUCUAGAUAUCAUAGAAACCAAUGAAGACUACAAGUACCCGUGUUUGGCCGAAGCCUGCAAUCUAUUUCAGAAUUUCCUAAUUACUCUAACAAAGUUAAAGGAUAAAUUGCUCCCAGAUCGAGCCGGCUUUUACUCGAGCAAGUGGGUGGAUAUUGCAAUUGAGUUUCAGCUCACCUGCGAAUACGUCUUUCUAAACUACGUUAAGGAGGAGUAUUUACUAUCCUUUUUGCCCUUGGUUCCCAAUCAACUGGAAUAUACUUCCUCAAAACUCAGGAGCAUACAACAAAUGUCUGAGCCCGAGUUUGAGGAAUUCAGGAACUUGUUUAUCCUUAUUGCAAUGGGAUUCAUUGGCAAGCUGAAACUACUCACAUUCUGCCUGAGUUUAACAAUAAUUAACUCAGAAAAACUGGGAGUGGACUUGUCGGAUGCAGAUAACUGUAGUGAUAACAUAACAGGGUCUACAUGUGCUACAAGUACUUAUAGGUCUUCCGGUGACGAUUUCCGUCUCUCAAACGCUCCAUGUGAAGGGUUCUACUCCGACAAGUAUUCAAACUACGAGUUUAAGACUGAACAGGACGAAAAUGGAGGCCAGAAUAUUAAUGAGAUGCUCACGAACGUUUACUGGCAUCCUAUGUACUUCUCUAAUUGUGGUUACCCGUACGGAACUUCAGUUGAACCUCCUUCAAUGCCUGAGUCUGAGCUACUUAACAGGACUAAGUUGGAUAUGAAUGAAAGUAGCGAUGUAUCAGGGUUAGAGCGUGCAGUGUAUGGCGUACCUGAUGAGUUGAAUUUAUCUCUUUACCAGUCCAUAAACCCGGAUUUUGAUAGAACUCAAAUAGAAGAUGAGGAAAGCAGUUGCAUCCAAACAACAAACCCCGCUGUAUCACAAAAGGUGCUGAAAAAACGUGGAAGGCCCAGAAAAACAAUUGCUUAA